GUCCGCCACACCAGAGCUACCUAUUUCACGUUCAGCUUGCUCACAACCACAAGGAAUGGCCACAAUCAUCUGGAAAAGACCUCCCUGAAAGAUGAUUGAGCUUGGACUGGCGCGCAUCAGCCGCUUGCUCAGCUACACACCUCAGCCAUGGAAAGCAAUACAUGUCGCUGGCACCAAUGGUAAGGGAAGCAUAUGCGCCUACUUGUCUGCUAUGCUCCACGCAAGUGGCGUACAAUGCGGCCGGUUUACCUCUCCACAUCUGAUUGAUCGUUGGGACUGCAUCACGGUCAAUGAGCAACCCGUGCAAGAGUCUCUUUUCCUCGAAGCGGAAAAGCUGACGGCAGAGAGAAAUCAAAAGGAUGGAAUUGGGGCAACAGAAUUUGAGCUACUUACGGCUACCGCUUUUGAGGUAUUCGCCAGGGAAAAAAUCGAAAUGGGGGUCAUAGAGGUUGGACUAGGCGGUCGAUUAGAUGCUACAAACACUUUGCAGAACAAAGCUGUGACUGUCAUCUCAAAGAUUGGUUUGGAUCAUCAAUCUGUUCUGGGGAACACAAUUGAAGAGAUUACGCGACAAAAGGCAGGCAUCAUGAGACCAGGCGUUCCUUGUGUUUUGGACAGGAGCAACCCACCCCCUGUUCAGGCAGUCGUCAAAGAACACGCAAGAGAAAUUGGAACAGAUGUGAUACUCAGUUCAACUGAGUCGUCUUUCUUCCAUGGGCUCUCAGAAAAGGAUUUCCAGCCUCAUCAAUGGGAGAACCUAGCUUGCGCCUACACAGCCUUUCAGCUGGCAUACCCGAAGUCGGAAUCUUCUCAACAUCGCCUCAUACCCGCUAUCAAAAAUAUCAAUUGGCCAGGACGCUUGCAGACUGUAAGUAUCACAGGUGUCACAGGUCGUCAAGAGACGGUCCUUCUUGACGGCGCACAUAAUGUCCAGUCUGCGGAGGUUCUAGGUUCAUAUGUGAAUGAAAAGCUGCGCAAAGCAGGCAGAGUGACUUGGAUCCUUGCAGCUUCACAAGGAAAGGAGCUUGAAGGGAUCUUGAAGCCCUUGCUACGUCCGGAUGAUAGUGUGGCCGCUGUUCAGUUUGGACCUGUUGAUGGGAUGCCCUGGGUUCAAGCUAUGGCUCCUCAGGAGAUUCUUGGCGUAGCAUCAGCAUCUGGCAUUGAUGCUACUCAACUGCACAAUUCUGGUUCCGAUAUAUUGGGUGCAUUACGUUGGGCAACUGCUGUUGCUGAAGGAGGGCCUAUUGUCAUUGCUGGUAGCCUAUAUCUUGUUUCUGAUGUCUUGCGUCUUUUGAGAGACGCUGAUCAGUUGAAAGCCUAAUUAUUAGAACAAUAAACUCCUCAUGAUACCCUAG